GUUUACUAACACCCUCCUCCUAGCUGAGAAAGAAGGAACGCUAGAAGAUUGAGGCACGUGAGAGACUUGUGGGCGAGGCACGUGGCAUCCUGGUGCGCAGGCGCGGGCGAGGCGGCGGCUCUUGAAUAUCUGUCCUGUGUGCUGCCCGAGGUCACCCGAGGGCUAUGAAGCGAGGAGAGGCGAGGCGAGGCUCCUGAGGCCAGCGCCAUCACUAGCUUAGGCCUGUUAGUGGGGACUGAGCCUGGGGUCGCGGUCCCAGUCUCUGGAACUAAGCGAGGAGGAACGGCUCGGGUUCCCUCCCCCACUCCCAGCCCCUUUGCUCCUUGGCAAAAACAAGGCAUUGAAGAGAAAGGUCCCAUUGAAGUCAAGUUUCCAGUGAAUUCAAGUGGGUGGAAACCAGCGCAGCAAGCUGCCAACGAUCUCCAGUGGGAGUCUGGGCAAAGACCCUUGAGCUGGGGCACUCCCUGUCUGGCACCAGGAGGGUAAAGAGAAUCCAAGCGCCAUCCAAGAGACCCAGUUAUGCAAGGGCAGCGCGGGCUCCGCCAAAAGCUCUGAGGGUGGGAUGUCCGGAUUGGCAGUGGCUGCCGAAGGAGGAGCAGGUGAUGGGUUGGCCGCAGAGACAGCGGCACCCGCCGCCCUUCUCGUCCCUAAAUUUGCAGCCGCAGCUCCCGAUAGCUGGGCAGUCUCUGCUCUGCGUCCUGCAACUCUGAUACGGGAGCAGGAGCAGCAGCCACAGGCGCAGCAGCCACAGGCGCAGCAGCAUGGCUCUGGAGCGGCCCCAGCAGGGCCUCCCCGGAAAACUCCUUAACGACCUCCCGGAUACCUCUCCGCUGCUGCAGCCCGGCAUUAGCGAGCUCCGUCGGCAAGCAGAAGCGGACCACGGCCAGAACUGGCCCAUGCCCCUCACUGAUGCUUUCCUGCUCAGGUUUCUGCGCGCCAGGGAUUUCGACCUGGACCUGGCUUGGAAGUUAAUGAAAAACUAUCAGAAAUGGAGAAAGGAAUGUCCAGAAAUAACAGCAGAUCUCCGUCCUAGAACUAUCCUUGGCCUUUUGAAUUCUGGUUACCAUGGGGUCCUGAGAUCCAGAGACCCAGCUGGAAGCAGGGUUCUUAUUUAUAGAAUUGCACAUUGGGACCCAAAGGUUUUCACAGCUUAUGAUGUAUUUCGUGUAAGUCUUAUCACAUCAGAGCUCAUUGUUAAGGAGAUAGACACACAACGGAAUGGAAUCAAAGCUAUCUUUGAUCUGGAAGGAUGGCAGUUUUCUCAUGCCUUUCAAAUCAGCCCAUCUGUUUCCAAGAAGAUUGCUGCUGUGCUAACAGACUCUUUCCCUUUAAAAGUUCGUGGUAUCCAUUUGAUAAAUGAGCCUAUGAUCUUCCAUACUGUCUUUUCUCUGAUUAAACCUUUUCUGACUGAAAAAAUUAAGGAACGGAUUCAUCUUCAUGGAAGCAGUUAUAAACAAAGCUUAUCGCAGCAUUUUCCAGACAUUCUGCCCCUAGAAUAUGGUGGUGAGACAUGUUCCAUGGAGGACCUUUGCCAAGAGUGGAGAGAUUUUAUAAUGAACUCAGAAGAUUAUCUUCAUAGCAUUUCUCAGGAUGUCCAGUAACACAUUAUCAUAAGAUAAACCAUAAAAUAGGUUUUACUAAUUCAAAUCCUGGGGAAAUACAUCUCCAUGGUAACUACAUGGCAUAAUAACCACUACCAAAUGCAAUUUUCUAAAAUGUGAACUUCAGAAUGUGAAAGUACUUUAAUGAGGACAGAAAUGGAUAUUGUCUAUUUUUUAAAAUUUUUAAACAGAAUUUUCCACCAAUUUUUAGAAAAUUACAUAGUUGUUACACCUCAGAAAGUAUUAUGGGAAAUUGUUGCAUCUUAAUCUUGAGUAAGUUAUAUCAGAGCUAGACAUGACAAAGCUGACCUCCAUUGGAGGUAAAUUGCAUAUCUUUGGAAUAUACAUCAAAGAAAUACUCCUGUAGUUGUUUCCUGUAGAAACAACACGAAGUCAAUUCCCAGUUCAAUGGAAUCUAUAAAGUGCUUCAUCAAAAGAAUGAGUAACAAAAAACUCACCUGUGACAAGUGCAGUUCAAAUCAUUUGGUUAUGGAAACUGCUGAAUUUGGAAUCUGACUUGUGAUGUAUGAAGUUACUUUCUCAGGCCAGAAAGAGAGAGAAAAUGAUGAAUUCAUCUCAGGGAAAUGGAAUUUUAGCUGCUUUACACAAUGAAACACUGUAGCUGAAGCUCGACAGCAUAUCAUGUAUUCAUGUACAUCAUAUAUCAAUCUGUGUGAAACUUCUCACAUCGUUAUGGACAAAGAAAAAAAUGUGGAAGAUGUUUCAUGUAUAGCUAAUAAUUUUUCAGUUCUGGUGUGUGUAUGUGUGUGUCCCUACCCACAUAGUAAUCAUGCUUUUUAUUUUCCCUUAUGAUGAGAUAAUUGUUUUAGUUUCCACAUAGGCACAAGAAUUUGGAGAUAGUGUCUAUUUGUCUUAUAUAACCUAAUUUUAACAUAAGCACAGUAUUAAUUGAAUAAUAAGAAACCAAAAAUUAAAGAAUAAAGGAAAUAUUGGCAUUAUUUUAAUAUAAUUGGGGAGCAGUUUGGAAUAGUGGGAAAAAACACUGCAUCAGAAGAUCUAAGUUCAAAUCCAAACUCUUUUACUUACUAUCUGUGAGAUUCUGGGGAAUUUCCUCAUUGGUAAAAUUAGAAAGUUAAACCACAAUUCUAAAGUCCAUUUUUAGAUUUACUAUAAACCCUAUGAUCUUAGAAAUGUCAUUUAACUAGAAUUUUCAAUGCUUUGUCUUUUAGGUGUUUUUUUUAAUAGUAGCAGUUGUGCAAUUAGAUUAGGAAGCCCUAGAAAUGUUAAUCAGUCUUAUGAAAAAUAAUGCCAGAUAAUUAAAACGUCCUAUUUAAACUAUUCUUAGUGCACAAGAGCACAU